CCUCGGCACAUGUAAAUUGCCGGCAAGCGGCUUCCUGCGAAGCAAGUGACGCGCCCCUCCUACCUCCUUAGACGGACUACCAAAGCGGGAUUCUGAUGGAUUAGAAACUUUGGCGCUUGGGUUUCCAGUCCUCCCAGACCCGUCAUUUCCAUCCCCUGAGCCUGAAGAGUCGAAAUGGCGCCACGGAAGAACUCGCCGUCGACGGCCGCCGAGAUUUCGCUGGUGCAUCUGCAGAGCUGCUUGGCCAAUCUGCCGUCUUCGCUUUCAUCGUUGCUCGCCAAUGUCAAUACUGCUGCCCAGAAUGUCGUCGUUGAGCUCAGCUACCGCGUUCCACCCCCUGCCUCUACUGGCUCCAAUGGGCCGGGAUCGGCUUCGUCGACAAAAUCCAUCUAUGUUGGGUGGACGGGCAUGCCUAGCAGAAGGAGAGUUGCCCCAAUAGUUGGGAGGGACGGCAUCAAUGGCCCGAGGGGCCCACGAGACCAGGAGGUGCCCCUCGUCGAGAUAGACGCUACCCUUGCCGCAGCCGUGGGUGUUCGGGACGGCCAGAAAGUGACUGCCACCGUCCACUUUGAUCCUCCAAUAGCGCAUACCGUCAACAUCGAGCCCUUGACACCCGAGGACUGGGAGAUGAUCGAGCUGCACGGCACCUUCUUGGAGGACAAUCUGCUGUUCCAGAUUCGCGCCGUGCCCAAUCCAGCCUAUGCUCCAGGGGGGGCCGUGGCUGGUGGCCAUCCAUUGACGCUAUACCUUUCGCAAACCUCCACCGCAACUAUCAAAGUUCUCUCGUUGGAACCGUCAUUGCCCGCUGACUCACCCUUCGCAAAGAUUGCACCGGACGCUGAGGUCAUAGUCGCGCCCAAGACGCGACAGAAGCAGCGGAGCAACAGGGACAACAGGAGUGUCGGGGGCACAUCGAGGAAAAGCGGCAAAAGCUCAACGAGUACGGCCAGGCGUAGGAGCACAAAGGAGGAGAAGAAGCCAGUUCUAUUCUUCAGGGGCACUGACCGGAAUAACUGCCAGGAGUGGUUCGACGACGAGGCACCAUCCCAAGAUUUUAGUGUUUGGGUUGACCGGGAUCUCUUGUUCGCGAAGGAACUGAAAGGAGUUAAAUGGGUGUCUGUCAACCUUGUGCGCCCUGCCGGUCUUCAGCAGCCUCCAGAUCCACAGGCCCAGCCGCAAGAAGGAGACCCGGCUGCCAAACCAUCCACCAAGCUUGUCGCCUGUCUUCGGCCAUGGGACGAACCGCCUGAUGGACAGGCGGCCGCGCUUUCGUCGCCGCUUUGUGCGGCGCUUGGCUGUCAGGGCAUAGUUGGUGGUGUUGUCAAAGUCGAGCCCGCUCCCACUCCGUUGCCUAGAAAAAUCCCUGAUCAAGAAGGGAUCCCACGGGAUUCGGUGCAGAGACUCAAAAUCUACCCAUUCAUAUCGUCAAAGCCUUUGUCCACGUCUGGCCUCAAGUUUGGUGGGCAAUCCAAAACCGAGCGGGAAGAAGCAGCGAAUCAGGUGAAGCAUAUUUACGGCGCAGAAGGUAAUGGUCUGCUGUUGGGUCCUCUCACAGACGGCCAAGUCCUCGGAGUGCAUGAUGGGCUGGAGUGUCCUCGAGGAUGGGAAGGCGCUCUUGUGAAGUUUGAACCCUCUCAGGCCGGGCCGCAAGGUUCAGGGAAGAAACCGCUGAAUUGGAUCCUUGGCUCGGAGUGGAAGCUCCCCAUUUCCAUCCAGCCCCCGAUCCCGAAACCAACCUGGUUGUCAGACACUGAUACCGACACGGUUCCAGGUUCACCUGAUGUCCUUCUUGUCGGCAUCGACGCUCUGCUCGAGAAACUCAGAACUCAUCUGUCUCAUAUGUCUUCUGUGCUUCUCACCGGCGGACAAGGCUCAGGAAAGACAUCGGUUGCGCAAACGGUUGUGCGCGCCUUGCGGUCCUCUCAGCUCUACCAUACGACCUACUUUCCUUGCACCAAGCUCGUAAACGAUGAAAGCAGGAUAUCCAACGUGAAGGAGACGCUCAACCGUUUGUUCAUGGCUGCUAGCUGGGGCGCAAGACUCGGCGGCAGAGCCGUUAUCGUUUUGGAUGACCUGGACCGGUUAUGUCCGGCCGAGACGGAGUUGCAAGUAGGCAAUGAAAACGGGCGAAGUCGGCAGAUUAGCGAGGCAAUCUGCUCGAUGGUUAGACAAUACUGUGGCACGGACAGCAACGUGGUGCUACUGGCUACUUGCCGGAGUAAAGACUCGCUGCAUUCUGUCCUCGUCGGUGGACAUGUUGUUCGCGAGAUUGUUGAUUUAAGCGCUCCGAAUAAAGAGACGAGGCGGCGUAUCAUGGAGACCCUUACGAAGCAGGGUUCGGUCGCUCCCGAGGACGUCGAAGUCGCCGACGAUGGUGGCAGCCGCCCGACCACCGCUGAUGGCAGCGCCACUGAUGAUGACGGGGACGGCUGGAUGGAUGGCGGAGUCCACGGGAGCCGAAAGAAAGCCGGAACCAAACCCAGUGGAUACAUACUUGACGCCAAUCUCGACUUCCUCGAUAUUGCUGGCCAGACAGACGGCUACAUGCCCGGCGAUUUGAUUCUGCUCAUCUCAAGAGCGCGCAAUGAGGCGCUUAGCCGAUCCAUCGGCGAGUCGUCCAACCUCGACGCAACAUGCAUCCGUUUGACCCGUGCUGAUUUUGACAAGGCUCUCAAAGGAUUCACGCCUGCCUCCCUGCGCAAUGUCACACUGCAGAGCUCAACAACCACCUUCUCCUCGAUUGGCGGCUUACACGAAACACGCCGAGUCCUCCUAGAGACGCUACAAUAUCCUACCAAGUACGCCCCGAUAUUUGCGCAGUGUCCUCUCCGACUCCGCUCGGGCCUCCUACUCUACGGCUAUCCCGGAUGCGGCAAAACCCUCCUCGCCAGCGCAGUAGCCGGCGAAUGCGGCCUCAACUUCAUCAGCGUUAAAGGCCCAGAAAUCCUUAACAAAUACAUCGGCGCGUCAGAAAAGAGCGUACGAGAUCUCUUUGAGCGUGCGUCGGCCGCCAAGCCCUGCGUGCUCUUUUUCGAUGAAUUCGACUCGAUUGCCCCUAAGCGCGGCCACGACUCCACGGGCGUCACCGACAGGGUUGUUAACCAGCUCCUAACUCAAAUGGACGGCGCCGAGGGCUUGUCAGGGGUCUACGUUCUAGCCGCGACGUCAAGACCCGACCUGAUCGACCCCGCCCUGCUCAGACCAGGUCGCCUCGACAAGUCCCUGCUGUGCGACUUGCCUACCCUAGAGGACCGCCUCGACAUUAUCAAGGCGCUCGUCCAAAAAGUCAAGGUUGCUGACGAGGUGUGGGAGUCCGAGGAAGAUCUGCUCGAACUGGGCCGGCGCACCGAGGGUUUCUCCGGUGCGGAUCUGCAGGCGCUUGUGUCUAACGCCCAAUUGGAGGCUAUCCACGACGUCCUCAAUGACCGGGAACCAGCCGUGAGCACCACCCGGCGCGGCGUCAGCAAGAAACCCGCCAGCUCUUCCACCUCGACCCGCAACUUUGUCCAAUUCCGCUAUGGCGAGGACAGCCUCGCUCCUUCUCAGGAGUCCGCCCCGCCCCGGACGCGGCAAGCUCAGCUGGCCGAACAGGCCACCAUCGUGGCCAAGCUGGAGAGCAUCAGGCUCGCGCGGAAACGCGCCAAGCAGCUGAGCAAGACCGCCAAUGGCGCUGCUGCCGCGCAGGAAACUGGCGGUCCUGGUGCUGCCGCCGGUAAUACCCCAGAGGUGGUUAUCCGGUGGGAACACCUGGCCAAGGCGCUCGAGGGCACGCGGGCCAGUCUUAGCGCAGAUGAGCGCGCGAGGCUCGCACGGAUCUAUCGGGAGUUUGUUGUGGGCCGCAGCGGAGAGAUGAGGGACGGGCAGGGCAGUAUGGAGGUGGGGGGGCGGAGUAGUCUCAUGUGAGUGCUGAAGGAGUGAUGGCAAGGUGGUGGAUCUGGUACACUGCAGUUGUAAUCUGUGAGCGUGUACGAUUGAAGUAGGUUAUAUAAUGUUGUGAAUUGUUGGCUGGAAGCGGUCGUGGUAGCAGUGCGCGGCGUGGGUUAAAAGAUUGCUGGUGUUCUUAUAUAGACCAGAAUUGGAAAAGCGAUGCACGAUAAAC